AUGGUGAUGUUGGAUUGGAAAAAGCAAAAGGAAAAGAAAGAAGGAAAGAGAAAGGGAAAGGGAGGCGCUUACGCCAUGGGAUGGGAUCUGGUGGUGGCGAGCGACAACAGUGGCGGUGAGAAAAUAAGAGCGGGGGUGGGGGGCCCGACGUUCCUGUCGCCUUGUGACUGCCACUUCUUCCGUUCCCGUUCAUUUCCAGGCUUCCAGCUCCACAUCCUUUGGCCUCUUCCACCGUCUCAGCCCACCCGUGACUACUGCGCGCGAGCAGCGAGGAAGAAGAAGAUGAAUCAUUAGACCCCCCAGCUCAAUACGGCCUAUGGCUUAGGGUUUCACAUUUCGAAGUCCGGGAGAAUAUAUACAUACUCUCUUUCUCUCUUUCUUUCGAGAGUCCUCCUGAAACCAUCCAGCUUGAAGUUCUGGGAACUUUAUUAACACACAGGGACGGGAAUUUGUGGUUUUAUUAGAGCAACGAAGCUCUGAGACGACGAGAAAGGAGAAGAAGAAGGAGGAGACAUCGUCCGGGACAAUGGGUCAUCGAGAAAGCUCGAGCAUCCCUCUCUCUCCUGCGAUUCUAUCGUUGGUACUUGUGCUCUUGAUCCCGUGCACGAGGAGCCAGCUGCAAUCCUCUCAAGCCUGGUCCCUCCUGCGAAUCCAGCGUCUCCUCAACUACCCCCCGGCUUUGAGUAGCUGGAAUACCACGACGGACUUGUGCUACGCCGAGCCCAAUCCAUCCGUCACCGUCGUCUGCUACGAGGACAGCAUCACCCAGCUCCAUAUCGCCGGCAACGACAGCUUCCUCGCCCUGCCUCUACCCCGCAGCUUCUCCAUCGACUCCCUCUUCACCACCCUCACUCGCCUCCCCAACCUCAAGGUCCUCUCCCUCACAUCCCUCGGCUUGUGGGGUCCCCUGCCCCCCAAGAUUGCCCGCCUCUCUUAUCUCGAGAUCGUCAACCUGAGCUCCAAUUUCCUGUACGGCGCCAUCCCGGAGCGGAUCUCCGAUCUGAGGAACCUCCAGACGCUGAUACUCGACCGCAACCUGUUCGGCGGCCGGAUCCCCGAUUCCUUGGGUGCGCUCUCGCUGCUGGCCGUGCUCAGCGCGAGGAACAACUCCCUCAGCGGGCCUCUUCCCGAUUCCCUCGCCACCCUGGAGUCGCUGCGAGUCCUCGCCCUCUCCUCCAACAGCCUCUCCGGCCAAGUGCCGGACCUCCGCGGUCUCGCCAACCUUCAAGUGCUCGAUCUGGAGCGCAACUUCCUCGGGCCGCAGUUCCCGCAGGUGGCGAGGAAGGUGGUGACUCUUGUCUUGAGGGAAAACAGGUUCACCGGCGGCCUCCCAGCCGACGCAAUUAGCUCCUGCUAUCUACUCCAGCAGCUGGACAUAUCGUCCAACAGAUUCGUCGGGCCGUUUCCGCCGUCGCUGCUGUCCCUGCCUUCCCUUCGCUAUCUAAACGUUGCUGGGAAUAGAUUUACUGGAAAGCUUUUCUCCAACACGUCGUGCAAUGACGAGCUCGAGUUUAUCGACCUGUCCUCGAAUCUUCUGUCCGGGAACUUGCCGACGUGCCUGGUGUCCAAUUCCACUCACAGGGUGGUCAAGUUUUCGGCGAAUUGCCUGGCGGCCCAAGAUCGGACUCAGCACCCGCCCUCCGUUUGCCAGAAUGAGGCUUUGGCUGUCGGAAUAUUGCCUCGCAAGCAAAGCAAGGCAUCGGCUUCUAAGGCACUUGUCGUGACCGGUAUAGUGGUAGGGGUUGUGGGAGGCGCGUUGCUUCUUGGUUUCCUCAUCUUCUUCGCUCUCAGAAGAGCGAGUCUCAAGAGAGCACUGAAAACACCCCCAAGAAGAUUAAUAGAGCAUGCUUCGAGUGGGUACCCUUCCAAGUUGCUGGCUGAUGCAAGGUACAUAUCGCAAGCAAUGAAGCUCGGAGCACUUGGAAUUCCAUCAUAUCGAUCAUUUUCAUUGGAAGAGCUUGUAGCUGCUACAAAUAACUUUGAAACAUCAAGUUUCAUGGGAGAAGGUUCUCAUGGUCAGAUGUACAGAGGAAGAUUAAAUGAUGGUUCCCUGGUGGCAAUAAGAUGCUUAAAACUUAAAAAAAGCCAUACUUCUCAGAAUUUCAGUCGUCACAUUGAACUGAUUUCAAAGCUCAGACAUCGCCAUCUAGUCAGUGCUCUUGGACACUGCUUUGAGUAUUACCUUGAUGACUCCACUAUCAGCAGAUUAUUUCUUGUUUUUGAAUACAUAUCUAAUGGAACACUGAGAAGCAAUAUUUCAGAGGGAGUUGCAGAGAAAAAGCUUACAUGGACGCAAAGGAUAUCAGCUGCCAUUGGUGUUGCAAAGGGUAUCCAGUUUCUGCAUGCAGAUAUCAUACCUGGUUUGUUUGCAAAUGAUCUGAAAAUCACAAAAGUACUUUUAGAUCAGAACCUUGUUGCAAAAAUCAGCAGUUAUAAUCUCCCAGUAUUAGCAGAGAAUAUGAAAGCCGAGGUACUAACUGGAGGUUCUUCAAAUGGGUCAAAGGAAUUGAAUGAAUGGGCUAAGCAUGCGGAUAAAAUUGACAUCUAUGACUUUGGUGUCAUCUUACUUGAAGUUGUAUGUGGAAGACCAAUCACAUCUCAAAGUGAAGUGGAAAUAAUAAGGGAUCAGUUGCAAGCAAGCGUUGCAGCUGAUGGGGCUGGUAGGAGCAUUGUGGAUCCGGUCAUAAGUCGGGCAUGCUGUGAUGAAUCCUUGAAAACAGUUGUUGAGAUUUGUUUACGAUGCCUUUCCAAGGAGCCAUCACAGAGACCUUCAGUUGAGGAUGUACUCUGGAACUUACAGUUUGCUGCUCAAGUCCAAGAUGCAUGGAGGGGAGAUUCUCAAAGCAGCGAAGAUUCACCGUUAUCUCCUCAUCCUCCCAGCUCACCACUCACUGUCAAUUAGCAGCAGCACAACUCACAACAUGAUUGUCAAACUUUUUGCCCAUGCGUCAAGCAGCUUAAUGCUGGGGGCAACCAUCGUCUUCGCAUCGUCUUUCAUCACAAUUUAUUGCUAAUAGCUGCAUUGUCCUCAGGAGAUGAUGGGCGUGGAACAAUGCAAAGAUCACUAUUUCAUCCAUUCUCAACGAAGACUGGCCGGCUUUUCUGGAGUGAUCUUUGACGCAUGUGGGAAAAAGCCAUCUGUAGUCUUCCUGAUACCGCGAGCUGAAGUUUUUCUGAAAGUUUGUAGCAUCAAGACCCUGCAAGACAGAUUUCUGAAAGUGUAAAUUUAGUUUAAUAUUUUGUUUCUAUAUGAACCAAGCCAGUGACUCCUGGCAAGCUAUGUUCUGUUUAUACAAAUGGUUUUAAGAGAGAGCUGUCAAUGCAUAUGCAAAUAGUUUCAAGGGA